CUAACCCUCCUUCCUCUCCGUCAACGUCUCAGAUCUUCUUUACACCUUCUCCAAUUCACUGCUCCGAUUCAUAGAUCCAAUUCUUCUUAUCAAUCUGUCUCUAUUUUCGUGAAUUAAAUUUGAAUAAUUAGUCGAUUUGUUAGCUUUAUAUUUGGUCGUUUUGGGGGAAUUUCAGAGGAAGAAUCAGAAGAGAGAGAAUAUGGAUCAAUUCGACACGUAUUUUAGGAGAGCAGAUUUGGAUCAAGACGGGCGGAUCAGUGGUUCUGAGGCCGUUGCCUUCUUUCAGGGCUCCAAUUUGCCCCAACAAGUCCUCGCGCAGAUAUGGACCUAUGCUGAUCGAAAUCAAACUGGUUUUCUUGGUAGAGCAGAGUUCUAUAAUGCUCUUAAACUUGUCACUGUAGCCCAAAGUAAGAGAGAUCUGACCCCAGAUAUUGUGAAGGCGGCAUUAUAUGGUCCUGCUUCAGCUAAAAUUCCUGCUCCCCAGAUAAAUUCUGCAGCCUCACCAGCUCCACAGCCAAAUCUAAGACCAGGUGCUCCUGCCCCACAGUUCAGUGGGGUUGUAUCCACAGCAUCUCAAAGCAUAGGCAUCAGAGGGCCACAGGGCUUUUCAUCUCAGCAAACUCAAUUCAUGAGGCCGCCUCGGCCCCCACCUCCUAGUACUGCGUUUCAGUCACAGACAGGUGUUGUAAAUCAAGGAAUGCCUGGGGUGGUAAUAUGGCAUAUCCUAGGCCUCCGAGCUCAAACGACAGGUGGCCCGGCAGCAGGAGUUACUUCCCAAAUUCCUGGCAAAAGCAUGAGUCCUUCCACAACUCAGGAAGUAUUUGGGCCGGUUGCAUCAGGAUUUACACCCUCUACACAAUCUAGAUCGCAGACAACCACUAGUUUCAUGCAACCUGCUGUGCCAAAACCAAAUGAUCCACCUUUGCCUGCUAGCCAGGUAGGAACCGAUUCUAAAGUACGUGCAGUUACAGAAAAUGGUUUUGCGUCGGACUCGGUUUUUGGAGAUGUUUUUGCGGCGAGCCCAACUCAACCAGAGAAAGAAUCUCUAGUCCAUGCGUCUUCUGCUGGUGGCUUAUCUGUCUCAUCAGCCAUGAUGCCGAUCUCUGCUCAACCCCGACCUACAGGAAAUCAAAACCCACUUGACUCUUUGCCUAGCACACCUAGUCCACAACCUGUGGUUAGUCAGCACCAGCAAAUUCACUCGACAGUGAAACAAAACCAAGAAGUUUCGGUGCAAGGUUCAACAGCUAUUCCCGUUCGAGCUGGAAAUGUUGCUUCUGGUCAGUCCCAGCUUGCAUGGCCAAGGAUGACUCAUUCUGAUGUUCAGAAGUACAGCAAAGUAUUUGUGGAAGUAGACACAGACAGAGAUGGAAAAAUAAGUGGUGAACAGGCACGCAACCUAUUUUUAAGUUGGAAGUUGCCACGAGAGGUCCUGAAGCAGGUGUGGGACUUGUCUGAUCAAGAUAAUGACAGCAUGCUCUCUUUGCGGGAAUUUUGCAUUGCUCUCUAUCUGAUGGAACGGUACAGGGAUGGCUGCCCUCUUCCUGCUGUACUGCCAAGUAGUGUUAUGUUUGAUCAGACAUUGUUACCUGGCUCCAAUCAACCUGCUGCUGCACAUGGCCAUACUGUUUGGAGACCUAGUCCUGGUUUGCAACAGCAGCAAGGGGUGACUGUUGCACGCUCAACCCCUCCUGCUGCUGGAGGAAGACCACCACGUCCAGUUCCUGUUCCUCAGGUCGAUGAAGCCACGCAACCCAGUCAACAAAAGCCCAGAGUUCCAGUGCUGGAGAAGCAUCUUGUAGACCAACUUAGUACGGAGGAGCAGAAUUCACUGAAUUCAAAGUUCCAAGAAGCAACUGAGGCAGAAAAAAAGGUAGCAGAGUUGGAAAAGGAUAUAUUAGAUGCUAAAGAGAAAAUUAAUUUCUUUCACACCAAGAUGCAGGAACUUAUUUUAUAUAAAAGCAGGUGUGACAAUCGACUAAAUGAGAUCACUGAAAGGGCUUCUGGUGACAAACGAGAGGUCGAGACACUGGCAAAGAAAUACGAAGAGAAAUACAAGCAGGCUGGAGAUGUAGCCUCAAAAUUAACUAUUGAAGAGGCCACUUUUCGUGAUAUUCAGGACAAAAAAAUGGAGCUGUAUCGGGCUAUUGCCAAAAUGGAACAAGAUGGUAGUGUUGAUGGCACUCAGGAUCGUGCUAAUCGCAUACAGUUAAAUCUCGAGGAUCUAGUAAAAGAUUUGAAUGAACGUUGCAAAACUUACAGCUUGCGCGCCAAACCAACUUCUUUGGUUGAGCUUCCGUUUGGUUGGCAACCUGGCAUCCAAGGAGGAGCAGCUGAUUGGGAUGAGGAUUGGGAUAAGUUUUCAGAUGAAGGAUUCACGUUUGUCAAAGAGCUGACUCUUGAAGUGCAAAAUGUCGUAGCUCCUCCCAAACCAAAGGCACCUUUGGUUCAAGAUAAAGCAUCUUUCCCAGGCGAGAGUGUCACUGUGGUUUCAUCAUCUAAUGCUGAUGUCAAGUCAGAGAAGCUACCAGGCGCUGGGGAAAGGAUUCCUGAGGAUGAAGGGGCAAGUGUCCAAAGUGAAGAGGGUAUGGUAAGAAGUCCACCUGAAAGUCCAGCAAGAGGGAACGCUGUGGAGAGCCCAUGUAAGAAAUUCCAAGAUCGGAGAGAUAUUGGUGGAGAUGCUUCACCCCGUGCCACAGAGACCCAGAGUGAGCAUGGUGGUGCUGAAUCUGUGCUUUCUGGGGACAAAAAUUUUGAUGAACCAGGCUGGGGAUCGUUUGACACUCAUUAUGAUACAGACUCUGUUUGGGACUUUAACCCUUCUUCUACCAAGGACACAGACCGUGAGAGGCAUAAUGAGAGUUCUUUCUUCGGUUCCCAUGACUGGGAUAAUAUUUUUCAGAAGAAGAGCCCAUUGGCUUUUGCAGAUUCUGUUCCAAGCACUCCAAUUGUCAAUUCUGUAAGCUCUCCUCAUGCGGAUAGUUUUUUUCAGAAGAAGAGCCCAUUUGCUUUUGCGGAUUCUGUUCCGAGCAGCCCCAUGUUUAACAACUCCCCACGAAGGUUCAGUGCAGGGUCUGAAGAGCAGUCGUUUGAUAGCUUCUCAAGAUUUGAUUCCUUCAACAUGAAUGACCAUGGAGUCUUUCCAACACGUGAGUCCUUCACAAGAUUUGACUCCAUGAGAAGCACCGCAGACUCUGAUUAUAGUCAUGGAUUCACACAACCACCCGAGUCCCUCACAAGAUUUGACUCCAUGCGAAGCACUGCUGACUCUGAUUAUGGCCUUGGGUUAUUCCCACCACGGGAUUCCUUGACAAGGUUUGAUUCCAUCCGCAGCACCAGAGACUCAGAAUAUGGUCAUGGUUUCCCAUCCUUUGAUGACACGGAUCCAUUUGGGUCAAGUGAGCCGUUCAAAAUUUCAUUGGAGAGUCAAACACCAAGGAGAGAUUCUGAUAGUUGGAGAGCUUUCUAG